UUUUAACCCUAGCCAAAUUUCGAGUCUGUGUUUGCAAGUGCCAGAAAGUGCCCGUCCCUGACGUCCAGGCAACUCGAACAGCAGCCCCGCGCCCCACAGGCGCCCACCUUCCCAACGUCACGGCCACUGAGCGCAGUGCCCCCUAGGGGCUCCUCUCCGCUGAGGAAGAAUAGCUAGGACCUUCCUGCCGCUGGCCCGUUACCGGCCGGGUCCGGUUCUCCCGCCUGGCGCCCGCCCCGCCACCCCCAGGAGGGACGUGAGCCGCUGCGUCUCUGAGCUCAGCCGCCGCAUCUCCGCGUCGCGGGAGAACCCGCGGCCUCCCGCUUCCGCCGCCUCGCCGCGUUCCCGCUGCGCCGCCCGCGCCUCGCCAUGAGCGCGCGCCUGCCGCUCGUCCUGCGCCAGCUCGGCCGCCUGCAGCCCCCCGGCCCGCCGCGCCGCCUCCGAGAGCUUUGUCUCGCCAGCAGCGGCGGGGGCGGCGGAUGUGGCGGCGGGGAGGGCCUGCUCGGGCAGCGGCGGCUGCGAGACACCCAGGCCGGGAGCAGCCGGGGCCCGGGCAGCCGGGCGCCCCCAGCGCGGGACUCGAUCGUCCGAGACAUCAUUCAGAAUUCGAAAGAAGUUCUGAGUUUAUUGCAAGGAAAAAACCCUGCCUUUAAGCCGGUUCUUGCUAUUAUUCAGGCAGGUGAUGAUAACUUGAUGCAGGAAGUAAACCAGAAUUUGGCUGAGGAGGCUGGUCUGAACAUCACUCACAUCUGUCUUCCUGCAGAUAGCAGUGAAGAUGAGAUUAUAGAUGAGAUCCUGAAGAUUAAUGAAGACACCAGAAUACAUGGCCUUGCCCUUCAGAUCUCCGAGACCUCAUUUAGCAACAAAAUCCUCAAUGCCUUGAAACCAGAAAAAGAUGUGGAUGGAGUAACGGAUGUAAACCUGGGGAAGUUGGUACGUGGGGACGCCCAUGAGUGUUUUGUUUCACCUGUGGCCAGAGCUGUAAUUGAACUUCUUGAAAAGUCAGGUGUCAACUUAGAUGGAAAGAAGAUCUUGGUAAUAGGAGCCCAUGGGUCUUUGGAAGCCACCCUGCAAUGCCUGUUCCAGAGAAAAGGGUCCAUGACGAUGAGCUCCCAGUGGAAAACACCUCAGCUUCAAAGCAAGCUUCAUGAGGCUGACAUUGUGAUCUUGGGCUCACCCAAGCCGGAAGAGAUUCCUCUUUCUUGGAUUCAACCAGGAACUACUGUUCUCAACUGUUGCCAUGACUUUCUAUCAGGGAAGCUUGGAUGCAGUUCUCCCGGUGUCCAUGGUACUGGUCCCAUCGCAGAAGACGUGAGUCUCCUUGCUGCCGCUCUGCGGAUUCAGAACAUGGUUAGUAGCAGGAGAUGGUUCCGUGAGCAGCAGUACAGGAGGUGGAGACUUCACUGCUUGAAACUUCAGCCUCUGUCCCCCGUACCAAGUGAUAUCGAGAUUUCAAGAGCACAGACUCCAAAAGCUGUGGAUAUCCUUGCCAAGGAGAUAGGGUUGCUUGCAGAUGAAAUUGAAAUCUAUGGCAAAAGCAAAGCCAAAGUCCGUUUGUCCCUGCUAGAAAGGUUAAAGGAUCAAGCAGAUGGAAAAUACGUCUUAGUUGCUGGGAUCACACCCACCCCUCUGGGAGAAGGGAAAAGUACAGUUACAAUUGGGCUCGUGCAGGCAUUGACUGCGCACCUGAAUAUCAACUCCUUUGCCUGUCUGAGGCAGCCUUCUCAAGGACCGACUUUUGGAGUGAAAGGAGGAGCUGCAGGUGGUGGAUACGCCCAGGUCAUCCCUAUGGAAGAGUUCAACCUUCACCUGACUGGGGACAUCCAUGCCAUCACUGCUGCUAAUAACUUGUUGGCCGCUGCUAUCGACACAAGGAUUUUGCAUGAAAAUACUCAAACAGACAAGGCUCUGUAUAAUCGACUGGUUGCUUCAGUGAAUGGUGUUAGAGAAUUUUCAAAAAUUCAACUUGCUCGGCUGAAAAAACUGGGAAUAAAUAAGACUGAUCCAAGCGCUCUGACAGAAGAGGAAAUGAGGAAAUUUGCCCGUCUUGACAUUGACCCCUCCACCAUCACGUGGCAGAGAGUCAUGGAUACAAAUGACCGAUUUCUACGAAAAAUAACCAUCGGGCAGGGAAACACAGAGAAGGGCUUUUCUCGGCAGGCGCAGUUUGACAUCACUGUGGCCAGUGAGGUCAUGGCAGUGCUGGCUCUGACUGACAGCCUCACGGACAUGAAGGAGCGGCUGGGCAGAAUGGUGGUGGCCAGUGACAGAAACGGGCAGCCCGUGACGACAGGUGAUUUGGGGGUGACAGGUGCUUUGACUGUUCUGAUGAAAGACGCGAUAAAACCAAAUCUGAUGCAGACCCUAGAAGGGACGCCUGUAUUUGUGCACGCUGGCCCCUUUGCCAACAUUGCCCACGGCAACUCUUCAGUGUUGGCUGAUAAAAUUGCCCUGAAACUGGUUGGUGAAGAAGGAUAUGUAGUGACUGAAGCUGGCUUUGGUGCUGACAUUGGCAUGGAGAAAUUCUUCAACAUCAAGUGCAGAGCUUCUGGCUUGGUGCCCAGUGUUGUGGUGCUGGUGGCGACGGUGCGGGCUCUGAAGAUGCACGGAGGUGGACCAAGUGUGACUGCAGGGGUCCCUCUUAAAAAAGAGUAUAUGGAAGAGAACCUCCAGCUGGUGGCAGAUGGCUGCUGUAACCUAGAGAAGCAAAUUCAGAUUGCUCAGCUCUUCGGGGUCCCUGUUGUCGUAGCUCUGAAUGUCUUCAGGACCGACACCCGAGCGGAGAUUGACUUGGUGUGUGAGCUUGCAAAGCGGGCUGGCGCCUUUAAUGCAGUGCCCUGCUAUCACUGGUCGAUUGGUGGGAAAGGGUCGGUGGACCUGGCUCAGGCUGUGAGAGAAGCUGCAAGUAAAAAGAGUCGUUUCCAAUUCCUGUAUGAUGUGCAGCUUCCAAUUGUGGAAAAGAUAAGAACCAUCGCCCAGGCUGUCUAUGGAGCCGAAGAUAUUGAACUCUCUCCGGAGGCACAAUCCAAAAUAGAUCAUUACACGGAACAGGGUUUUGGAAAUUUGCCCAUCUGCAUGGCUAAGACCCACCUUUCCCUGUCUCACCAACCUGACAAGAAAGGCGUACCCAAGGAUUUCGUUCUACCCAUUAGUGACGUACGGGCCAGCAUAGGCGCUGGGUUCAUUUACCCAUUGGUUGGAACGAUGAGCACCAUGCCAGGACUGCCGACUCGGCCCUGCUUCUAUGACAUCGAUCUUGAUACGGAAACAGAGCAAGUUAAAGGCUUGUUCUAAGUGAACAGGAUUUUCACAGGACUCAAUUCAGUCACUUUCAGGGGCUUCCCUGGUGGCACAGUGGUUAAGAAUCCGCCUGCCAAUGCAGGGGGCACAGGUUCGAGCCCCUGGUCCGGGACGAUCCCACAUGCCACGGAGGAACGAAGCCCGCGAGCCACAACUACUGAAGCCAACACGCCUAGAGCCCAUGCUCUGCCACAAGAGAAGCCACCGCAAUGAAAAGCCCACGCACCACAAUGAAGAGAGUAGCACCCGCUCACCGCAACUAGAGAAAGCCCACGCGCAGCAAUGAACACCCAACGCAGCCAAAAAUAAAUAAAUAAAAUAAAUAAAUUUAUAAUAAAGUCACUUUGGUAGUGUAUUUAACUUUAACCUCUGUUAUUCAACAGUGGGAACCAAAACAAGAUGGUUGUCAGCACAGGGAAGCCAAGAACCAAGUGCCAUUACCAAUAAGUAACAUAAGGGUAAAUACAAUGAAAUUGUCUUAGUUUAAUAAAUAGGAGAGAACCCCCCUUAUGGGGGUGUGCGUGUGUGUUUCAUCCCCAUGGCUGCUAUAACGAAUCACUUGGUGGUUUAAAAUACCAGAAAUCGAUUCUUUCACAGUUCUAGAGGCUAGAAGUCUGAAAUCAGUAUUAGCAGGCUGAAAUCAAGGUGCCAGCAGGCCACACUCCCUCCAGAAGCUCCAGGGGAGACUCCUUUCCUUGCCUUCUCCAGAUUCUAGCUGCUGCCAGCAGCCCUUGACUUGUGGCCACGUCACUCCAGUCUCUGCCUCUGGUCACUCACGUUGCCUGGGCACUUUGUAAUUUCUUAUUAUUCACAUACCACGAUUGGACGUCUUAUAUAUUCUAUCUUCCAAAAGAUUUAACACUAAAUCAAAUUAAAAAAAAAUUUUCCCCACUGAAUAAACAAUAAACAACUGAUUCAUCUGCACCUUCGCUAUUGUGUUUCUGAUUUUUUUUUUAAUUUAUAUUCAGACUUUCUAUACCUUUACCAACCCUUUGAGUUUUCUGAAAAUAUGGAACCACAGACUCUAAGCCUCUUUAACUAUAAAAACUGUUGAUACCGAGGUCAUGUGGUCAAUCCACGGGUCUUCCACCGAGCCCAGCCUCGUCUCUCCCACCUUCCCUCCCCAGUAGUCACUGUGCUUCGUAUCUAGGGUCACCAGAGCCACCGACAGGAGGCUGGCGCGUCACUGAGAGGAGGGGCAAGGUCCGCACCAGGCAGACCUCCCUUCCUAACAUCAAAGAUAUUUUCUUUUUGUUAAUGUUUACUAUGCUUGCGAUGCUUCUGUUUUCUGUUUACUUCCCUGAUUUGAACCAGACAUCAGGGGAGUAUUUGAAACUCCUAGUCCCCUGCCUUGGUCACCGUCUUCUGUUCUGAAGGGAAUAAAGCAUCCCUUCUGGCUCCAGACCCUGCCCUCAUCCGUGGGAGGCUGGCUCGCUGUAUUCCAGCCGAGUUUGAACUCUUGGCCAAGGAGAUAAAUUCCUCCUUGUAUAAAUUCAGAUCAAAGGCCAAGCGCUUGUAUUUUACAUUUCUCCUGAUGAAUUUUUUUUUUUUUUUUUGGUACUUAGGUGUUUUGUUUGCUUUUUUCUUUUUAAAAUGUAUCUUGAGCACUUCUUUUUCUAAAGAGAUUGCAGAAUUCACAGUGACAGAGAGUCUUAGUACCCUUUGCGGGAAAACAACAAAGCUUUAACAAUAAUAAGAAAUUCCAGAUUCACUCACUUCCAUUCUUGUCCUAAAUGCAUUUUUCAGACCUUGCUCUCUGUGCCUGCUAUAAAAGAGAAACUGAAAUCCAAGGCAACAGGCUUGCUAAUCUAAAAUCCUGGAUGUUCUCACUUGACAGGAUCCUGGAAACUUGUAGAUUCCAAAUUUAGAAGUCAUGGAAUUUCAGCCACGGUCCCCAAGCAAAAUCUUUUAGGAAAUUCAGAACUGCUGCCUGCCGUGUCCAUGCUGGCUCGGUCCCAAGUGGUGCAGAAUCGGAUUCUCCACUGCUCAUAAGUAAAAAGAUUCCAAGCAAUGAUCCCAGCCUUGUCUUGUGAAUAGCAUCACUUGUCUGCUCUUAUAUUUUCUUGUGGUCUCCAGCUUUAGAGCUAUAAUAUAUGAACAGUUUGACACCAGGGGAAAAAAGCUGUUCUUAAACCACCGAAAUAU